AUGGUAUCAUCGUCAAAGAUCCUGUCAAAAAUAGACUUAGCACAAAAGAUUAGGUCAAAGGGUCGUAAAAGGGUCAAAGAGUUCGAGAAAAUUGAAAAACAGCAGUCGUGGGUGUGGGCUGGCCGGCUGGGCACUGGUGGCUUGCCUGGGUGCGCACGGGCAUGGUUGAGGGUCACUUGGCACGUCUGCGCACGGACUGUUGGUUUCUCGGUUCGUCCGGGCACGGGCGGCACGAGGAGUCACGCGCAGGCAACGCUGGGCGACACUGGAACGCGCGUGGAAGCUCGGAGGGGCGUGCGGGCGACGCAUGGGAUGAUGACUGCGGCACGGAAAGCAACUGCGGGCCUUAGCACAUCACUGCAGGCCCUUGCACGCGCACGUGCCACUGCUGCGCAUCGCAUGUGGCGUCCACGGCUUGCGUGCUGGGCGCCUGCCAACAGUGCCGGCUGCAGCCUUGGCCUGCCAGCAUUUACACUUCUCGACCGAGAGGAUGGCAAUGGUGAUGAUCUCGACAAUGGCGUCACCGGGAUAUGCUUCUUGUGGACAGAGGCUGGGACGAUGUGGACCGAGGAUCGCGUGAAGGGUGGUGGUCGAACGCGCGGCUAUAGCGGCUUGGCGGCUGGUGAGUGA